UCAACAGUUUAGUUAGGUCCCACGACGCCGGGGAGUCGGGGCUUGCUUGCGGGUCCCUGCGCUUUCUUUCAAUAGCCUGGAUUAAGACACGUCAGAUUUAUAGAACCCGACUUCUUUUUUUACUAUCUCCCCUGGGGUACCCAAACGGAUAUUAAUUUUUCUUUCUUUUUUACUUUUUUGUCUUUUCUUCUCUGAAGUUAUGAUGCUGAUGCCAACUGGAUCACCUGACUCGUGAUUUUUUGUAUUAUUAUUUGAACGGGAUUUUCGCAAAAUUACGCACCGGCUAAAUUGUUCUCCAACACUUUAACGGAUUCCAAUUUGAAGAUACCGUACCAAAAGUUUUUCUCACUUCUGAAAUUUCUGUCAGACCUUGUGAUACAUACUAAUUAAGCUUCAAGAGCAAAGUGGUUGGAGAUUUUUAAUGAUGCAACACGCAGUGGCAGAAAUAUUGCUCACACUGCGUCUAAACUGUCCGGAAUACCAGUGUCAAAUGUAAUUUCUGUAAUCGCCGAACAGCAAUCUGUCCUUGUUUGAAAAAUUACGAGAUUGAAUGUAGAUAAAGCGAGGAAUGGUACAUGGAUCCCACUCGUUUGGGAGCAGAAGAGCCCCAGCUCCAACCGGAUGACUGCUGCUUCUUAUUCUGGGACAACGAGAGUUGCAAGCGGAGAUGAUGGCUGCUGCACUUUACCGUUUCCUUAUCUGUUCCAUGUGCCUGCUUCACACUGUUGCUGAGGACGUUCAAAUACCACAGGAGCUCAUCGACAGACUUUCCAACAGUGAAAUACGCAGCAUUAGUGACCUCCAGCGGCUAUUGGAGAUGGAUUCCGUAGAGAAUGAGGUCGUUCAGGAGACGAAGAGGAGGUACCACAAAGAUGCAUAUCACGGUUACCAUGGCAACGACAUGAAGAGCUACCAGAUUCUGUCUAGACGCAAGAGAAGUAUUGAGGAGGCCGUACCGGCGUCGUGCCGGACGCGGACGGUGAUCUACGAGAUCCCGCGUAGCCAGGUGGACUCCAGCUCGGCCAACUUCCUGGUCUGGCCGCCCUGUGUGGAGGUGAAGCGCUGCACGGGCUGCUGCAACACCAGCAACAUGCGCUGCGUCGCCUCGCGCAAACAACACCGCAUCGUCAAGGUGGCCAAGGUGGAGUACGUGCGGAGAGUGCGGAAGCCCAAGCUGCGCGAGGUGCAGGUGAAGCUGGAGGAUCACCUGGAGUGCGUGUGCACCUCGCGGCACCUCAGCUCCCACUCCGACUCAGACUCCUCUCCUCUGACUCAACCUCCUACCGCUAUUCCAGUCCAAAGACGCGGCAGAAAAGGGAGAAGUAGAAAGCAAGGGAGUGAAAGAAAACAGAGAAAUCAGAACAGUUCCUCAAAAGCAGCUAUCGUGAAUUCGCACAAUCGUUGAUCAAGUGACAAUGCAUGGUGAGACCAGAAGAUAGACCAUGACUUGUGGACGUGGAUGUCGUGGAAAAAAAAACAGCCAAGCAUCAUUUUUCAUGGUGAUUUAUAGCUAAGACUUUUCUUGACCACGGAUGACUGCAUCUCCCAAUAUGAACAAUGGAUACUCUCACACGUAUUAGAGGACUCAUCUGAACGCGGGAUCACGUGCUGUGCUGUACUGUAUGUGUAUCCCCCAAAGACAUUGCCAGCACAGACGGGAAAAGGAUAUGAACUCUAGAGAUGAUGGACCAGGUGAUGAACACUGCAGAAAGAGACUGGGAGGUAGCAUACCCCUCACCAACUACUGAUCUGUUGGGUCACAGGAGGACCACAAUGGAUUGGAAGUAUACAUGGGUUCACAGUGUUUGUAAACACGAUGUUUGGAGGAGGGGCCAGGCACUCUGGCAGCCAACCACGUGAGCUAAUUUUUUGACCGACAGCGGUUUCCAACAAUCAGAGGUUGAGUUGUGCGCAGCUAGCUUCGCGCAACCAGGGGAAAACAAAAAUUGAGAACCCAUGUAUAGGCUUUCAAGAACUGUAAACUUGGGCUUUGACGAAGGACACGCAAAAAAAUAAAACAAGCAAGGAUUGUGAUGACGAAAAGGUUGUUUUUCAAGGUUGUUCCCCAAAAGGGGGAGAGUGAUGGACAUCUGUGCGAAACAAGAAAGUGACUUGCUGGGGAUGAAUGUUGAGCUAUAAGUAAUUUCUUUUGAAAUAAAUGAAUGAUAUGCCUA